ACAACUCGGUGGCAAAACGUGCGCACGUUGUUGCGCAUGCUGAAGAGGGACACCUUUAUGGUUUAAACAUGCGAGGACGGUUCUACCAUGUGAUACGGUUCUACCCUGUUUCUUCUUCUCGCAUCUUUUUCUCAGUUCUGUGUGGGGUUCAUAGACAUAUAAACAUAGACGCCGCAUUCUGCGUAGAAUCAUACGUCAUCCUCGCCGCCAUAUUGGAUGUGGCAAAGUGGAGAUUCUUCAACCGUUUUUGAACCAUUGUGGUGUUCAGGCGUUAUGGAGGAGAAAAUUGCAUCUUAUGAGCGAAUUGUUUACAAAAACAUCUCCGAGUACCACUACAUGAAAAUUUACCUAGUUUGUGAAAACCGCAGCAGAACCCUGAGUCCAGAACAGUUUAAGCAGUUGAUCAUCUCUGGAGUCAAAGACCUAUACGGAGAGGUUGGAGCUGCUUUUCCAUUUGAUUUGCUAACAUUCGAUCAGAGCGCAUUAUCAGCCAUACUGCGUGUGUAUAACAGGGAUCUGGUGAAAUUGUGGAGUGCGCUAACACUGAUUGGAGCAUAUGAAAACGAACCAUGUGCUUUUAGAGUCACACAGGUCUCGCCAUUCUUGUUAGCUUUAUCUGGAAACAGUCGUGAGAUGGAGCUAUACUAAUUUGCAUGUGAAAAUGGCCUUCAUUCUCAG